GAAACUCACACAGUCGCUGUUAGUGACAGGAGAGAUGGCUGAGAAAGGAGUUCAGCUGGACCGAGAAACCUUCUCUUGUUCCAUCUGUCUGGAUCUACUGAAGGAUCCGGUGACUCUUUCCUGUGGACACAGCUACUGCAUGAAGUGUAUUAAAGCCCACUGGGAUGGAGAGGAUGAGAAGAGAAUCUACAGCUGCCCUCAGUGCAGGAAGAUCUUCACACCGAGGCCUGUCCUGGAGAAAAACACCAUGUUAGCAGUUUUAGUGGAGGAGCUGAAGAAGACUGGACUCCAAGCUGCUGCUGCUGAUCACUGCUAUGCUGGAGAUGAAGAUGUGUCCUGUGAUGUCUGCACUGGGAGGAAACUGAAAGCCUUCAAGUCCUGUUUAUUCUGUCUGGCCUCUUUCUGUGAGAAACACCUUCAGCCUCACUAUGAUUCACCUCCAUUCCAGAAACACCAGCUGGUGGAACCCUCCAAGAAGCUCCAGGAGAACAUCUGCUCUCAUCACAAUGAGGUGAAGAAGAUGUUCUGCCGCACUGAUCAGCAGUCUAUCUGUUAUCUCUGCUCUGUGGAUGAACAUAAAGGCCACGACACAGUCUCAGCUGCAGCAGAAAGGACGGAGAGGCAGAGAGAGCUGGAGGUGAGUCGACAAAACAUCCAGCAGAGAAUCCAGGACAGAGAGAAAGAUGUGAAGCUGCUCCAACAGCAGCUGGAGGCCAUCAAUGGCUCUGCUGAUAAAGCAGUGGAGGACAGUGAGGAGAUGUUCACCCACAUGAUCCAUCUCAUCCAGAAAACAGGACGAGAUGUGGAGCAGCAGAUCAGAUCCCAGCAGGAGACUGAAGUGAGUGGAGUCAAAGAGCUGAAGGAGAAGCUGGAGCAGGAGAUCAGAGAUCUGAAGAGGAAAGAUGCUGAGCUGAAGCAGCUCUCACACACAGAGGAUCACAACCAGUUUCUCCACAACUACCCCUCAGUGUCAGCACUCAGUGAGUCCACACACUCAUCCAGCAUCAACAUCCAUCCUCUGAGACACUUUGAGGAGGUGACAGCAGCUGUGUCAGAGCUCAGAGAUCAUCUACAGGACAUUGUGAGGGACACAUGGACAAACAUCUCACUGACAGGGACUCAAGUGGAUGUUUCACUGUCAGAUUCACAAGCAGAGCCAAAGACCAGAGCUGGAUUCUUGAAAUAUUCACGUCAAAUCACUCUGGAUCCAAACACAGCACAGAGAAAGCUGGUAUUAUCUGAAGGGAACAGAAAAGUAACAUUUACGGAUCAACAACAGUAUUAUUCUGAUCAUCCAGACAGAUUCACUUAUUGGUGUCAGGUCCUGAGUAGAGAGAGUCUGACUGGACGUUGUUACUGGGAGGUGGAGUGGAGAGGAAGAGGAGUUUAUGUAGCAGUAGCAUACAAGAAUAUCAGCAGAACAGGACAUGGGGCUGGUUGUGGAUUUGGAUACAAUGACAAAUCUUGGGCAUUACAUUGUUCCGAAAACAGGUAUGUAUUUAGGUACAACAACAUCCAAACUCCCGUCUCAGGUCCUUGGUCCUCCAGAGUUGGAGUUUACCUGGAUCACAGUGCAGGUAUUCUGUCCUUCUACAGCGUCUCUGAAACCAUGACUCUCCUCCACAGAGUCCAGACCACAUUCACUCAGCAGAUACAUGCUGGACUUUUGGUUUAUGGUACUGGAUCAAGUGCUGAGUUGUGUAAACUGAAGUAGACAGAGGUAACUGAAGGUGCAGUGAGUCUGAUUGUGUCUUUGAUUCUUUCACUCAUUUAGUCUCCAUCAUUGUUGCUCACAGCUCAUUGUUUUAUUUCUACUCUGCACAGAGAUCAGCUGUCAACCAAACAGUGACUGUCAGAACUUGUUUAUCUUCUCAUUUCUUCUUCUGCUCAUCUUUGACUUUCUUCACUAACAAAUGACUUUCAUUUUUCCUGAUGUUUCCAGCUCAGAUGUAGUUUGUGCUCUCAGUCAGUAAAGAGGAUUUAUUCCACAGGACCAACAAGUGGAAACUGUGAUUUGAUCCAGUUUGGGUGUGUAGACGUUUUGUUGAGUCCUGACACACAUCAGACAACAGAUGUUGUAUCGUUGUGGACUUGAGGUGGUUUCAUAUGUUGUGAUGUUGAUUUUCAUGAAGGUGAAACUUCACCAUGAGGCUGGUCUUGGUUCAGUGUGAAAACAGCAACAUGUUGAGUCUCAUUUUAAAGCAUCAGGACACAAUAAGUGAUGUUUGAUGGAGGUUUAUGUUGUUCCUGACAAGUUUUCUGACUCGUCACUGAUCCACUGAACGACACAGUUUUGAUAGGUGAAAUAUUUAAACAUCAACAAACAGAAAAUAUGCAUCUGUGUCAGAUUCAGACAUGAACAGGGCCGUGCAGAGACCUUUGGAGGGGAAAGUUCUCAAAGUUAAAAGGGGGCACAUGGAGCACGAAUUUUAAUCACCGUACAGAAACAUACCUUACAAUAUAACUGGCUGAAUUGUAGCAACCCAUAUUCAUAAAGAAUAUAUCUGACGUUGAAACUGGCUGACUGUGACCUGCCAUACUGCUGAUUGUUUGUAGGAGACUCCUGCUAGGAGACGCUGCAGCCAAGACUGACUGUUGGAAUUAAACAGAACAAGGUGCUCAUUCGUAAACUGAAAGCAGAACAUUAAUAGGGGGACCAGAAUAAAGGAGGAGUGGAGGUACAGCCUAUAUCCACAAAGCCAAAAAACAACUUUGACAAAAAGGCACUUUGGGCAUCAAGGGGCAAAGGGGCAGAUGCUCCAGCCCCCUCUGCCCCUCUCCCCCCAUACAUGCCUGGACAUGAAAUCAUAAAGUUCAUGUUUUAUUUUGAACAUUUUGUUGUAAAUAUUUCCAUGUUUUCACUUUUUACCUUCUCAGGAACAAUUUUCCAAUUUUAAAUCGGCAUGAAAAUGUAACAGUAAGUGACUUUUAAGGUGUUUCUAAGUCUUGUCUUUGUUUUCCUCUCAUUUGAAUUAAUGUUGAUUCAAUCCCACGUUAGUGAUGCAUUUAAGGAACCAGUUGAGGUGAUGGAAAACUCAACCUUUUAUUCCACUGUGCACUUCAUUUUUCUUUUCCAGAGAUACAUGUACAGAAUUUGUAUUUUAUGGUGGAUUUUUCUGUUGAAAUAUGAUUAUAUUUUAUUCCAGUCAAUAGUCAUUUUAUUCUACUGAUGUGGUAAAUUUUAAUUUUGUUGGUUUGUUUUGUUUCUAGAUUGUUGGCAAACUUGUGAUUCAGCUACAUGUUAAUUUGCAAAUAAAUGACAAUUAAUGAACAAAA